CACGCGCAGACAUUGGCUGUGUUUGGCCGAUACUUGCGAGGCGCCUGUCACAUGAGCCGCGCGCCAGCUCCGCUCCCCCUCCUCCUGGCUGGGCUGUGAAUGAAGCUCUGCCGGCUACGUGGGGCGCUAGCUCGGCUUGGUGUCCUGGACGCCAGAGUUGACUGAGUGCUCGGCCCGCCUGCGGCCGACACGGGCUCCUCCGCCCCUGACCUCAGCGACAGAGCAAAUCAGUUUCCUGGAGUGCCAAGUGAAGUUGUACGUGUGCCCGUGUGAUAACGUCAGUGUAAGCGACCCCGAAUAAGUGAGGGAAAUCCAGAAGUGUGGAACAUAAAAAGCCAGUUCAGGGCUUGAACUUCUUGCAGAAAGUAAGGCCACACAGCGGCUGGUCCAUCUACAUCCCAUUCGAGCCUCCUUACAAAACUGGAGGGCUUUGGGAAACUGAGUGUGUGACCUCAGCGUGGGAGAAGAAAGGAUCAAGAUGGCUAUGUGGCAGGGUGCCAUGGAUAACAGAGGCUUUCAGCAGGGGAGUUUCAAUAGCUUCCGGAGCAGCUCUAGUGAUGAAGACUUGAUGGACAUACCAGGGACAGCUAUGGAUUUUUCCAUGAGAGAUGAUGUUCCUCCCUUAGAUGGAGAAAUAGAAGAGGACAAGUCAUACAAUGGUGGAGGAAUAGGUUCUUCAAAUAGGAUGAUGGACUUCUUGGAGGAGCCAAUCCCUGGUGUGGGGACCUAUGAUGAUUUCAAUACAAUUGAUUGGGUGAGGGAGAAGUCUCGAGACCGGGAUAGGCACCGAGAGAUUACCAAUAAAAGCAAAGAGUCAACAUGGGCCUUAAUUCACAGUGUGAGCGAUGCUUUUUCUGGCUGGUUGUUGAUGCUACUUAUUGGGCUUUUAUCAGGUUCCUUAGCUGGCUUGAUAGACAUUUCUGCUCAUUGGAUGACAGACUUAAAAGAAGGCAUAUGCACAGAGGGAUUCUGGUUUAAUCAUGAACACUGUUGCUGGAACUCUGAGAAUGUUACCUUCGAAGACAGAGACAAAUGCCCUGAGUGGAAUAGCUGGUCCCAGCUUCUCAUCAGCACAGAUGAGGGAGCCUUUGCCUACAUAGUCAAUUAUUUCAUGUAUGUCCUCUGGGCUCUCCUAUUUGCCUUCCUUGCUGUGUCUCUUGUCAAGGUAUUUGCGCCUUAUGCCUGCGGCUCUGGAAUUCCUGAGAUAAAAACUAUCUUGAGUGGUUUUAUUAUUAGGGGCUAUUUGGGUAAGUGGACCCUAAUUAUCAAAACCAUCACGUUGGUGCUGGCCGUGUCAUCUGGCCUGAGCCUGGGCAAAGAGGGCCCCCUAGUGCACGUGGCUUGCUGCUGUGGGAACAUUCUGUGCCACUGCUUCAACAAAUACAGGAAGAAUGAAGCUAAGCGCAGAGAGGUCUUGUCAGCUGCAGCAGCAGCUGGUGUAUCCGUAGCCUUUGGGGCACCGAUUGGCGGAGUAUUAUUCAGCCUAGAAGAGGUCAGCUACUAUUUCCCCCUCAAAACGUUGUGGCGUUCAUUCUUUGCUGCCUUGGUGGCAGCAUUUACUCUACGUUCCAUCAAUCCCUUUGGGAACAGCCGCCUGGUUCUGUUUUAUGUGGAGUUUCACACCCCAUGGCAUCUCUUUGAGCUUGUGCCGUUCAUUCUGCUGGGCAUAUUUGGUGGUCUGUGGGGAGCUUUGUUUAUCCGCACCAACAUCGCCUGGUGUCGGAAGCGUAAGACCACUCAGUUGGGCAAGUAUCCUGUCAUAGAGGUACUCGUUGUGACAGCCAUCACUGCCAUCCUGGCUUUCCCCAAUGAAUAUACCCGCAUGAGCACAAGUGAGCUCAUUUCUGAGCUGUUUAAUGACUGUGGCCUUCUGGACUCCUCCAAGCUCUGUGACUAUGAGAACCGUUUCAACACAAGCAAGGGGGGUGAACUGCCCGACAGACCGGCUGGUGUGGGAGUCUACAGUGCCAUGUGGCAGCUGGCCUUGACACUCAUACUGAAAAUUGUCAUCACUAUAUUCACCUUUGGCAUGAAGAUCCCGUCUGGCCUGUUUAUCCCCAGCAUGGCUGUUGGUGCUAUAGCAGGCCGACUUUUAGGAGUAGGAAUGGAGCAGCUGGCUUAUUACCACCAUGAUUGGGCCAUCUUCAAUAGCUGGUGUAGUCAAGGAGCAGAUUGCAUCACCCCUGGCCUUUAUGCGAUGGUUGGGGCUGCAGCCUGCUUAGGUGGGGUGACUCGGAUGACUGUUUCUCUUGUUGUCAUAAUGUUUGAACUAACUGGUGGCUUGGAAUACAUUGUGCCUCUGAUGGCUGCAGCCAUGACAAGCAAAUGGGUGGCAGAUGCUCUGGGGCGGGAGGGCAUCUAUGAUGCCCACAUUCGUCUCAAUGGUUACCCCUUUCUUGAAGCCAAAGAAGAGUUUGCUCAUAAAACUCUGGCAAUGGAUGUGAUGAAACCCCGGAGAAAUGAUCCUUUAUUGACUGUCCUUACUCAGGACAGUAUGACUGUGGAAGAUAUAGAGACUAUCAUCAGUGAAACCACUUACAGUGGCUUCCCAGUGGUGGUGUCUCGGGAAUCCCAAAGACUUGUGGGUUUCGUCCUCCGAAGAGAUCUCAUCAUUUCAAUCGAAAAUGCUCGCAAAAAACAGGAUGGAGUUGUGAGCACUUCCAUCAUUUAUUUCACUGAGCAUUCUCCUCCAAUGCCACCAUACACACCACCCACCCUAAAGCUUCGGAAUAUCCUGGAUCUCAGCCCCUUCACUGUGACUGACCUUACACCCAUGGAGAUUGUAGUGGAUAUCUUCCGCAAGUUGGGACUGCGGCAGUGCUUGGUUACGCAUAAUGGGCGAUUGCUUGGAAUCAUUACCAAAAAGGAUGUGCUAAAGCAUAUAGCACAGAUGGCGAACCAAGAUCCUGACUCCAUUCUCUUCAACUAGAAUCACAGGGUUGUGCUGGAUAUAAAACAGGAAGGACAUUGCAGACCAUGGACGUAUUUUAUUAACUGGGUACCCAAAACACAUUUCCCAUAUUUGGAUGGUGAAGUUAUAUUAGUGUAUUGUCUAUUUCCUAUAAGUUAACCAGUUGCACUACAUAAUCUCUGGAAUUUAAUCUUCUCUUUAGUAGAAAAUACAGUUAGGCUUCUGUGAUAUUGCAUUAGAAAAAUUUCAUGAGAGAGUAAGCAAGAUUGCUAGGUUUUAAUUCUUUAAAUUUUUUUUUAGUUUAAAACAUAAUUGUUAGACAAUAUGCAAUCACUGAAAACUAUGCAAUAAAAAUUCCAACCGUCCUGACCUUUGGCCUGCAGAAAACUCAUGACCAAGUCACUUUUUUUGACUCUAACUGUCAUUGGUGGAAGAUGAAGUGUAAACUAAGGGGCUUUGCUUUUCUGAACACAGAAAGGAAAGCCAGAAGGAAAAUAGUAAUGCUGUUUUCCAGACUGUGAAAAUUCAAUUCAAAUGUUAUCCUGUUCCUGUUACAAUAUUUAGCAUUAUUAGUUUGUGUGUGUAUAUAUGUAUGUUAAUUUUAAUAUCUGAUUAUAAGACAAUGCUGCUUUGGUUAACCAACUCUAAAUGAAUUUAGAGAGGUUGACUUUUAUAGCUUGCUUGUUCCUGGUACUCUUUUGAAGUGCACAAAGAUAAGUUAUGGAACUUUCUCCUUGUCUGCCAAAGGGUGAUUUUCCAGAUAGUAUUUGUUGGCCAGUAGACAAGGACUUUGCCGUGAAUUUGUUAGUAACAAGGAAUGAUUUCUCCAGCUUCCUUGAAAAGAAUGAUUAGUAAAGUUCUAAGCAGAGUCAGUGACUAGGAAUUUCACAUUUUUUGUGAGGUCCCAACUAAUUCUCUUACCCAGAUGCCACCUCCAUGAGUGAUGGUGCUUUAGGCUUCUGGAAUAUGUAAGAAUAGUAAAGGGAACCAAAUCUGGACUGCAUACUGAUAAACCAGGGAAGUUCCUGAGCUCUAUCUGCAUUCUCAUGCAUUCCUUCGUAAAGACCACCAGUACUAAAAUAACUGGGCACUCAUGCCUCCUCCCAGUGUUAAGUACAUAUAACAGGCCAGUUGUUGUCCCUGUGAACAUGAAUUUAGGCUUGGGGUACUUUCAAAUCCAUUUGAGGCAUUGGAAUAGGAUAGGCAGCUGUGACUCCCUUGGGGCUCCUUAGAAUUCUAAAUAAAAGGCAGAACCAUCCUAAGACCCAGGGGUGUGGACAAGGCCUGGUGACACCAAAGGUGCUUGUAUCCAAUUGAAAAGGUGCCUGUCUCAAUUUUCUACCACGUUUACUGCAGUAGAAAAACAUCACACUGUAGGGACACCCGGUUGAGUCACAGAGCCACCACCAUCAUUCCAACACCGGUUUCAUUUUCUGUUGUUUUCCCCAUGUGCAGCUGGUCCCUCUUGUUCCCCUCCAUUCUUUUCCUCUCCCUCUCCUCAGUCCUGAGUACUGUCUUUGGGACUGAGCGCCAUGCCUGGUUAAUCAUUCCGAUUUCAAAAAAUAACCCCCAGGGCUAGUUAAAUUGUAAACCAGGGCUCAGCAAUCUUAGGGCACACAGACCAGAGGGAACACACAGCCAUUUGCUUUGCUCUGUAGCCCAGUUGCUGCCUCUGCACCUGCCUCCCUUCCUGUGCCCAUGCCCACCUCAGCAAGACUUAACUGCCAGGGCUGCAGAGUUCAGCCUUUCCUGUUUGACAAGUCUGUUAACCCCGCCCCCCCCACCCCCCACCUUACACUACCCUUCCAGCCUAGAACCAGCAGUCACUAGGCAUAUCCUCCCCCACCCCCCUCCGUCUCUCCCAACACCUCAGGGUUCCUCAUUUUAAAAGUUUCUGAGCCCUGAAUCUAGGAUUCCUUCCUUCCUUCCUUCCUUUCGUUUGUUCGUUCAUUCAUUCUUUUGUUCUUUCGUUCUUUUGUACCUAUCUUUCCAACAUCUCAAAUUCUUUUAUUGCCUAGAACCGGGCAGCCAAAGCUUUUAUUGAUUUUUAUCUUUCAAAUAUCAAGGCAGUUGCCAGAGUUUCUUUUUUUAAAGUAUAUCACUCUAACAUUUUAAUUAAAGAAAAAACUCCCUAGGUUAUAUUCUAUUAUAGUCAUGACUCAGUCACUUUACAUCUUUUCUCCCUUCUGUGCCACUGAUUUCCUCAUAUGAGAUGAGGCUAUGUGCCAGACCACCCCUGUGUAUUGCAUAGAAGUCAUUCUUAUCUGUAUAUUUCUAGUUCACUACCUGUCUUAUUAGCCGUCCAGCUAGUUUGCAAAACAGGAAGCGUUAGUAUUUCUGGUAUUUGAUGACAGUGAAAAGUUUGGUCUCCUUUCAUAGGGCAGCAGCGAUAUGGAGGGUGCCUAAGUUUGCCUUUGUGUUUCUUUUAGGCUCUGUUUUUGAUUCUAGACAGAUGAGCCAGUGUUAAGGUGCUACUUCAGAGAAUUAAUUCAAGAAAUCAGAUAACACUGUGCCAGGGUAUACUUUCUAGAUGCUAAGCACCAAUUGGCCCUCCAGAGAAUAAUAUCCUUUUGAUACCUCACUCCUGAUAAAUCUCAUCCAUUAACCUCAGGAAUCCUUAUAACACAUAUGCUAGAAGUAGCUAUAGUGUAUGGUAUUCAUUAUAUGUCCAAUCCUAUGGUUUGGCUCAAAGGUUGGCUAAUUGUGGCUAGAGCUCUCCUCUAGACUGCUAGCUCAGCACCUUAACACUCAAGAGUUUCUUGUCGUAAGGCGAAGGAAAAUGUUCUUUCUUCCAUCGCUAAUUCAACACUUGGACAUACUUAACCAACAAACAAAGCUGAUACAAUGAGAUCUGUCAGUCGCCUCAAAUGGCCACAUACCUCAAUGGUAAAAGACUAGAUAAUCUGUGAUUGGCAAAUUAAUUUGGGUUGAGACUAGUCUGUUAUGUCAUUAAGAAAAGAAAAUUUCCCAA